AGGCAGACGGACAGAGAGAGCGAGCGAGAGGGAGCGAGUGGGUUUUCUUUUGUUGAUGUUCCCGCUGUCACGUCUGUGUGCGCCGCAGCCGUCAGAGCCACACAAAUCACAUUCCCAUUCCCACUGAAGCCACUGAUCGACAAUAACAACAAAUCAGCCACAAAGUAGCGUGGAAAAACAAAAGUAAUAAGUAAUAGGCAGUGAGAGGACAGUGAGGACCAGAAACAAGAAAUCAAAACAGAGACUCCGACUGCGACUGCGGAGAAGAUCCGGAUUCGUGUCCGGAUCGUCGGCCAGCCGCCAGAUGGCCUUCCGGCGGUGCAACGCGCCCGCCGCAGGCCCUGCCACCACCAGCGCACUCCCCAUCUGCCGCGGUUGCAGUUGUCAAGGUUGCAGCAGCGGCAGCAGCAGCAGCAGCAGCGGAAGCAGCCCAGCAGUGAGUGCGAGCGAGUGCCACUGAGCGUGCAAGCGAGAGCCCUUUUUCAAAAAAAAAACACAGAAACAAAAUGGUCUCGAAGAAACGCUCCAACGCCGGGGAGCGGGUGCAGCGCUCCACGGCGACUGCGGCAGCGGCGGCGGCAGCAGCGGCCGCAGCAGCAGCAGCAUCGUCGGGAAAGAAGCGGAUUGGGAAGCUGGCGGGGAAAGCCACCGCCACUUCGUCUGCAACCUCAUCCCCCGCCGCUUCCGCCCCACUUGCCUCCAACAGCCCUCCGGACGAGGCGGAGGACAAGAAGUCCUCCGGCAGGACAGAGGCGUCCAAGAAGCCCAACAAGGAUCCUGCACCAGGAUCGGGGUCGGGAUCUGGACCAGGAUCCGGAUCGCACACUGCCACAGAAAGCAAUAGCACCAGUGCCGGUAAGCCCGCCAGCAGCUCCUCCGCAGCAGCCUCCUCCAGCAGCCAUCCGAAGCUCUCCGCCGAGGAGCGCCUCGAGGACGGCAAGGCGCGGGCCAUCAACAAGAUGCUCAAGAAUCUGGACAUCAAGAUCCAUGGCUUUGACAACCUGCUGACCCACGGCGAGGAGCGGCUCAACGAGGGCGUCCUCAAGUCGUCCAUCUCGGAGAACGUGAAGACCAAGUCGCGGGCGGCCGCCGUCAAGGUGAUCGCCAGCCUGAAUCCCGUCAAGAUGCCGGCUGUGAAGCGCGUGCGUCCCUCCCCGGAGCCCUCUAAAGAGAAGGCACCGGCGCCGGCGCCUCUGCCGGAAAAGGAGAAGGAAAGGCCUACUAAGGUGGAGCAGGAUCAGGCGGCAGCAGGUGGGGCUCCCGAGGAAACAAAAUCGAAAAAGGUCAGCCAGAUGGCCAAGAAAUCGACGCCCACUCCCGUUUCCCAAGCCACGCUCACGCCCUCGGCUCCUCCUGCCGCGAAGCUCCAAGUGAGCGGCAAGAAUCCCGGCAAGAAACACCAGCCAGGGGCAGAGCCGGCCAAGAAGGAUUCCUCGAAAGCAGUGCCCAAGGUGGGCAAGCCCAAGAAGCUGCCGGCUGGACAUGAUUCGGGCGGAAAAGCUCGACUGCCGGACUCGAAUACGGAGCCCGUGCUAAUGGAGCUGGAGGAGAUUGUGAUCACCCCCACACCGACGCCGACACCGACACCGACACCCACGGCCACUCCCACUCCAACACCCACGCCGACGCCGACGGCCACGCCCACGCCGCGAGCCACUCCCACGCCCACAGGUGGCGAGUCAGGGGCGCCGCCUGCCCAGCCCCAGCCACCACCGCCACCUGGCGGGGCCACCAAGCAGCGGCCCAAGGUGAAGUAUACCAAGACCUCGGCAGGAUCGAAGGGCCGGAUGGCCGCCGGCGGGAUGGCGGGACACCAUCCGAAGUUCUCGCCCUCGGCCGCCUGCAAGGACAUCUACGACUUCAAGUCCGGCUCCGAGGACGAGGAGCCCAUCAAGAUGGUGCUGCCGGCGCUGAAGGAGCUGCGCGAGUUCUCCGACGAGGACAACAAGCCCCUGAAGCAGCUGGAGCGCCAGGAGAAGGCCAAGUCCCAGGCCUCGGCGCAGGACAAGAAGGAGGAGCCCGAGAGCCCCAAGGUCAAGGAGGAGAAGAAGCCGGAGGACAAGGAGGAGAAGCCCAAGAUCAGGGACAAGGACAAGGACAGGGAAAAGGACAAGGAGAAGGAAAAGGAGAAGGAGCUGGAAACUCCGAAAAGCGAAGCCAACAACGAACCAGCAGCCAAGGCCAGCACCUCCAAUCCCUCCUCCGCGAGUGGAGCCACUCCUGCCAGCAAGAAGCAGGGAAAGCGCAAGAUGGCCACGCCCACGCCCAGUCCCGUGACGCCGGGACGCAAGAAGAAGCAGGGGGCAGGGUCAGGAGGCGCCAAAGGCAAGGCGGCCGCAGCAGCCGCGGCAGCCGCCAAGGAGGAGGAGUCCUCGCAGGACACCAGCUCCUCGGAGGACGAGCGCAAGCUGAGCGCCUACAGCGGGCCCAAGCGCCACAGGAUGGCCUCGCUGAACGCCCUGGCGAAGGUGCAGUGCCUCUACGAGAACGAGUCCCGGACCGCCCACGAGCUGGGCCUGUCCAAGGCCACCCAGCAGCCGCCCAGGAUCCGCACUGUGGACGGCAGUGAUGACGACAACCACAAGGACUCGCCGCACCACGACCGGGACAAGGGCUCUAUUAGUCCGCCGCCCGUGUCCGGCUCCAAGGACGCCGCCGGCAAGGAAGCGCUCCCAGCGCCGCCACCCUCGCCGCCGCCGGCAGAGCCACGACGGGAGCUGCGCUACGUUCCCGGAGGCCGGGGAGUGGGCAAGCACUGGGAGUUCGACAGUGACAGCGAGGUGGAGGAGAUGCAGCUGGUCCAGCCCCUGCCGCCGGCCAAGAAGAAGAAGUGGGCCAAGAAGGCGCCGGCCAAGGCCGAGCCCUCCACCAAGGGCAGGAAGAAGAAGGUCCUGCCGGCCGAGGAGAGCGACGACGAGGAGCCGCCGGAGAAAGAAAAGGCCAAGGACAAGGAGAAGGAGAAGGAGGACAAGAAGGACAAGCCCAAGCCGCCUAAGCAGCUGCCCAAGAAGCGCAAGAACGCCUUCACCGAGGAGCUGAUCGGCGACUACAAGGGGAUCCUGGCCAGGAAGCGCAUGGCCAGCCUGAACGCCAGCGCCAUUGUGGCGGCCACCUACGAGGUGGAGCGCCACCUGGACAAGAACCUGGCCAGCGACUGCUCCAGCUUCGAGAGCUACGACGAACUGGACACCAUGCCGCCCGCCUCCUCCAGCAAGGCCUACAACUCGACGGCGUCCUCCGCGAAGGGCCAGGACGUCAUCCAGAUCAAGAAGGAACCAAAGGAGCCGAAGGAGUCGAAAGAAUCUCAGCGGGAGCGCGAGAGAGAGCGCGAGCGGGAACGGGAGCGGGAGCGGGAGAGAGAACGCGAGCGAGACAACGACGCAAGGGACUCCAAGGACCUGGUCGCCGGGAAGAUGUCCAGCCAGACGCACACCAUCGUCGAGGAGAGCAACGACUCGAAGUACUCCAAGGAGACGAAGGAGACCAACACGGACACCACCAUCACCACCACGGGGUACAGGGACUCGGCAGCCAGCACCAAGGACGCCAAGGACUGCAGUCGCCCCACGUCCUCGUCGGUGGUCAUCGUCCAGGACACGGACGUCACCAUCACGGGCGUCUACGUGAACGCCAGCAACGGCGCCGCCCAGGAGGCCUACUGCAAGAUGCAGUACCGCGUCCAGUCGAGCGUCACCGAGGAGCGGGUCCUGCGCCCGGGCUCCGUGGAGCCGCCCAAGUCCUACACGCCCCUGAGCGCCCUCUCCAGCAUGCUGCCGCCCGGCGCCAGUUCCGGGCUCAGUGAAGCCCACAGCUCGCCGCCGCUGCCCAUCCACGCACCGCCGACGGGACCACAUGUCCUGCUGCCCGGGGAGCACCUCAGCGCCGGCAUGUACCACGCCCCCGACCUGGGCCUGCACACGGAGCACGCCCUGCCGGAGCACCACGGCCCGCCCCCGCCCUCGUAUGCCGCAGCCGCGGCUGCAGCCGCCGCUGCCGCCGCCUACCACGCCCACCAGCUGGCGCCCGGCGGCGGAGGGGUGCUUCACAUGCACCACCAGCACCAGUACGCCGCCCACGCGGCCCACGCCCAUCACUACCAGCAGGCGGCCGACUACCACGGUCCGCCCCCGCCACACCAUUACGGCGGCCCGCCUCCGCCGCCCCCUCCGCAGGGCCACUACGGACCGCCGCCGCCGGGUGCUCCGGUCCCCGUCCCGGUGCCCGUACCCGUGCCGGUGGUCGCGGAGCGGUGUGACGUCGGCUCCCCGCCGCCCUCGUACCGCGCCAGCGCCUAUCCGCCGCCCCCCAGUUGUGGGGUGCCCCCGCCCACCUUGGGCGGUGGGUCGAGCGCCUUCUGCGCCCCGAGUCCUCAUCAUCAUCAUCAACACCAGCACCAUGGCCAGCAGCCAGGACCUCCGCACCAUGAUCCAAGUGGCUACUAUCAGCCGGCUGGACCGCUGAUAUCGCCGCACGUGAUCGCCGCGCCCCCGCCACCCGCGCAGGUGAAGAAGCUCCAGGAGGAGGAGGCCGGCAGUGUAGCCUCCUCGGCCGCGGGAUCGCCCACGCAGCUGCAACAGCAGGCAGCAGCCGAAGCAGCAGCAGCAGCCGCUGCAGCUGCCGACCCAGCCACCCACUCCCACGCCCACUCCCAGUCGCAGAAUCCACAGAGCCAGGCGCCACACCCGCCCCAGCCACAACCGUACUCGGCCAGCGCCGUGGCGGCCGCUGCUGCGGCAGCCGCCGCCCACCCGGGCGUACCCUACUCGCGGUCGAUGCACGCGGCCCAGAUGCACUACACGACGGCCUAUCCGCCAAACUACUACGCGCCGUAUCCGGGCGAUGUCAUGUGCUACUCGCCGCCCACCUACCAGCCGUACUUCUCCAGCAAGGUCUACCAGCCGGGCCCGCCGCCAGGUCCGCCCGCCCACCCCUCGCACGCCGGCCACCCGGGCGCCCAUCCGCCGGGUCCGCCCCCGCCCCCGGGCGCCUAUCGUCGCUAUCCGUACUACCAGCACGCCGGGCCUCCGCCGCCGCCAGAGCUCUACGAGCAGCAGCAGCAGUCCCAGCCGCCCCAGCCACCGCCGUCGGUCGCCGGAGCGGUAUCCGCCUCGGCCCAAGCGCCACCCGCCGGCAGCAGCAGCAGCAGUUCCGGAGCAGCGGCAGCAGCCGCCGCAGCAGCAGCCGCAGCCGCCGCCGCCGCAGCAGCCGCAGUAGCUGGUGUCCCGGCCGGCAGUCAGCUAGUGCCGGCCCAUCCGCAUCCGCAGCAGCCGCAGCAGCACCAGCAGCAGCACCUCGAGCACUACCCGGGUCCGCCCAGCUACUACGCCGGAUACAGUCCGGGCGGAGGAGCCGCCGCCGCACAGUGCUACCCGCGCGGCCUGCAGGCACCGUACAUGGAGUACCCGCCGCAGUGUCCUUGCCCAAUGCCUCAAUCGUGUCCAAAAAACGUCCAUACUGGGCCUCAUAUUGGUAGCAACAUCAGCAGCAGCACCAGCACCAGCAGCAGCAGCAACAACACAAGCCAGACGAGCCACAACAGCAACAUGUUGCUGAGUGCCACCAGCAGCAGCAACUGCAGCCGCAGCGACACCUUGGCUGCCGGCAGCAGUGCUGCGACUACGACGGCGACAGCGUUGACUACCAGUAGAGGCCCAGUUAAAAAUGCCCCCCACACCACCCCCCACACAUCCAGCAGCGAGACAGGUUGCCACACACGCAACACUAGCAACAUAAGCGAGACCACGACCACGACGAUGAAGACGACGACGACGACGACCAGGACUAGGGCCACGGCGGCGACGAACACCAACAGCUCGGCCACCACCGCCACCACCGGCACCCAGUGCCAGAUGCUGGUCAAGACGGAGCUCAAGGAGCAGGUGACGAAGAUGCAGUACGAGGCGCACGUGAUGCCGCCGCCCACCCCGCCGGAGAGCUACUGCGGCGCCAGCGACGAGAAGCUGUUGCUGGAGGAGCAGGAGCAGGAGGGGGAGCUGGAGCUGCUCCUGGAGAAGGGCUGUCGCCCGGGCGGCCAGCCGAUCAUCGAGGCCUACGACUUGACGUGCAGCACGACGCCGCCUCCGGCGGGAGUGCAGGCUACGGUCGGAACUACAGCAGCAGCAGCAGGAGCUGUGCCGCGCAAGGCCAGGAUCGGGAAGAACAUGGCCCGGGAAAUGGUAUACGCCGGACAGCAGCAGCCGGCGCUGCACAAGCUAUCGGCCGCGGUGACGGAGACCGGAACCGGAACCCGUACCGGCACCGAGACCGGCACCGGAACGGACGCGCCGGAACCAGAGGUGCCUUUUGUACUUAAAGCGGAAAUCAAAGCAGAGACCAAAAUCAAAAUCGAGCACGACGGCGAGGCGGCCGCCCAGGCCAGCAGCACACAUAUCAGUCAAUUGCCGGACCUGAAGCCCACCAUCAAGACGGAGCCGGAGCCGGAGCAGGAGCCGGACCUGGAGCAGGCGCCGGCGCCGGCGGCCAAGCAGCAGAACGAGAGCAGCGGAGCUGUGGCCAAGGUAGAGCAGGAACCAAAUCAAAAGAAGAAGGAGCAGUCGGAGGAGCCGCAGGAGAAGGAUCGGGAGGCGGAGCCGAUGGACCAGGUGGAGGAGCUGAUGCCCCCCGAGGCCAGUGGAUCUGGCAGUGGCGGCGCCAAGCAGCGCCUCAACCUAAUGGCCUCCACGUCCGGCUCGGCCUCCGCCGCCAGGAAGGCCGCCAAGCACCAAAGCUACAAGAGCCUCAUCAAGCAGGCCGAGCCCAAGAACUACCUGUGCCCCGGGCGGAAGUUUGUACGCCGCCACGGGCGCGCUCCGGCCAAGUACGCCAAGCGGCGCCAGCAGCUGCUCGUCCAGCGGCAGCAGCGACUGCGCCUGCAGCAGCAGCAGCGACGCCGGCAGGAGCGCGAGGCGCUGGCGCACGCCACUGAGGUGGCCGCACCCUCGGAGGAGGUCGCGUUGCCCCCCAAGCAGCUGGACUCGGCCGCGGAGGAGCCGCAGACCACGCCCAGUGCCUCGCCCAAGAGGGCGCGCCCUCGCAAGCAGGAGAUCGCCGCGCUGCACCUGCUGGACACGGCCCACAGUCGGGGCUACUUCAGCGACCCGGAGCUGAACCACAGCAGUCGCACCCAGGCGGCUUCGGCGGCAGCCAACGCGGCAGCAGCUGCAGCGGCGGCCUACGUCACGCCCACUUCUCUGGUGGCCGCCCACCAGCCGGCGCCCGGCGAGAAGCGUUCCAAGUCUGAGACCAAGAAGCCAGUGGCGGAGGCGGCAGCCCCGGCGGCGAAGAAGCCGCGCAAGCAGCCGUCCACCAAACCGACCAAGGGCAAGGGCAAGUCGAAGAGCAAGAAGCCAAAUGCCGAGGAGGCCGAGGGCCCAGAAACGGUGGGAGUAGUGCCAGACUCAGGAACGGGGUGGGGGCUGCCGGCGGAGCUGUCGCCCGCCCAGGAGACGAACAACAAUGAGUACCAAACGGCGGACUUGCAGGCCCAGAAGCUGGCCGAAGCCACAGCGCCCGCGGUGGUGGCGGAGGAGAGCGCUGCCGCUGGCGGGGAGCAACAUUCCGAGGAGCAGCCCCAGUUCCGGAUGCCCAGCCAGCCGGUGGUGCUGCCGCUGCCGCUACCGCCAUCCACGCGGCACAACCCGGCGGCGACGAAGCGCUCGCGGUCGCGCAGCAAGUUCGGGAACCGCAAGCGGCAGAAGCAGCGGGCCGGCGGCGUUAGCUACGAGCUGGACGAGACCCAGCCGCCGGCCACGAAGGCCAACGUGGUGCCCAAGUGGAACAACGGCUGGAUGUGGGCGGGCAAGCCCUUCCAGGGAGCAGUCUUUCUCAACAGCGAUGACCCCUUGGUGCUGCGCACCUGCUAUCCGGCCAUGCGGCACCGCGAGGGCGACAUCAUACGCACCCGGGACUGUGUCCUGCUGAAGGCCAACGAGGACAACGAGCUUCCGUACGUGGCCAAGGUGGCCCACUUGUGGCAGAAUCCCGAGGAUGGCGAAAUGAUGAUGUCGCUGCUGUGGUACUACCGCCCGGAGCACACUGACCAGGGAAGGCAGCGCAACGACUGUCCGGACGAGGUCUACGCCUCCCGGCAUCGGGAUCACAACUCGGUGGCCUGCAUCGAGGACAAGUGCUAUGUGCUGACCUUCAGCGAGUACUGCAGGUACCGUCGCCGCCUGCGUGCCGCCGAGGAGGACGUCGAGGAUGUGAGCAUAGUGCCCCGGCGGCCCAGCAGCACCACCGCCCCCUGCUUCCCGGUGCGCACAGUGCCGGACCACACCAACCCGGAGCUGGUGAUGUUCUGUCGCCGGGCCUACGAGUUCCGGACGCGACGCCUCCUGAAGCUGCCCCAGAAGAACGGACUCGUGAGCAACUACAGCUAGCGCAAGGCCCUGGGCGCGGUCGCAAAGGCCCUGGAGCAGGACGCGAGUGUCCUGGAGGCGUAGAUGCGUAGGGACACUAGAAUAAAUUCACGUUGCAGGUGCGGUGGCACGGGGAGGAGCCGGGGAUAGAGUCCUGGCGGAGAAAAGAGAGCAGGUUGCAUGUUUUUUUGUUUUUUAUCAUCAGUCUACAGUCUCCAGUCUACAGUCUACAGUCUACAGUAUUGUUAAAGAUAUGAAAGUACUUUUUUUGCGCAAGUCCUUGGAAGGAUGCAUCGAACUCUGUGCUGGCAGUCGUUGUUCCUAACCAACUCUCGUUCGUAAUCGGCGGAGUUCGGUGCCCUUCGCACGUUGGCAGGACAAACACACAGGACAACAGGAGAACACAACACGAAACAUGAGACACGACCAAGAUGUAGGCAGAAGCUUUUGACGAUGGGAAGGAGGAGGGAGGCGGGAAGGAUACGCACGCAACUGCUGGGAGAAAGCAUUGAAUACAUUAUACUUUUUAAAUAAUUUAUUUAUUCCGAUCACCCCCGAUCCCGACCCAGACCCAGACCCCGAUCCAGACCCAGACCCAGACACACACCCACACAGCACACACACCUUUGUUAUUAAGUUGUAUGUAUUUAUUAUCAUUAUUAUCGAGUUAGUCAACAUUCUGUGUAGAGAUUUCCGUUGGCCCGCUCAUGCCUGGCCGGGAGAGAUGCAUUUGGUCCCUGGAGGGAGGGAGGGCCCGAAUAGACCCCACAACCAUUUCCAAUUCUUCAGUAUUGCCCGAUACUUUGCACAGCCUCUUGAAAGACUUGAUAUCCCGAUUCCUGCACGACUAUUCGGGCCCAGACCGACCAGAGGGGGCGCAUCUCCCCCCACGGCAGAAAAGCAUACUCAAAAUUCGAAAUUCCCCCCUUUACUCGAUUAGAUUUAUUCGUUGAAAGCCCCCAGACCUUAACGAUACCUUAAAGAAAACCUUAAACCUACUGAUGCUCAGGCAAAACCAUACUUUUGCGCACAGACAGCCGGAAUAUUCUACGAAAAUGAGAUUUCUGACUCCCCAGGCCCAGGCCCAGGCCCAGGC